AUGAAGAAAAAAAAUGUUAAUAAAAGCAGUACAUUUGAGCAUAAUGGAAAAGAAGAAGGCAAUCAUUUAAAAAAGGGUACUAAUAAUAGUAGUUGUUGUAAUCGUAAUAGUAAUAGAAGUAGUAAUAAUAGUAAUAGAAGUGGUAGUAUUAGCAACAGAAGUGGUAGUAAUAGUAACAGAAGUAUUAGCAGCAGUGGUGGUAGGACUUGGCGUGGACAGAAGUAUUUAGAGAGUACGGAAAAAGGGAAUGGAAAAAACGAAAUGUUCUCAAUAGGAACACACAAAGUUACUGCAGACACAGAUAUUAAAGUCGAAGGAAAAGAAGAAUGUAAAGUUGAAAAUGAGGACCAUUUAAAAACAACAGAGCAAGAGGAAAAUUUUCUGGACGGUUGUUCAAUUAGUAAUAAGAGUAAAAAUAAAAUUGUAAAAAAGGAAACAGAUUAUGAAGACACUAUCGCAAGUGACAUUAACAAUUUAAGUGUUAAAAGUAUCAACACAGAAGUAGGGAAUAACAUUUACGUGAACGAAGAAAUUGAUGAGAGUGAUGAUGAAUAUAAUUUAAAUACCCUUGGAAAUUUUGACCUCAAAAAUUAUGAAGAUUUCGACAUUAUAGGAUACGAUAUCAAAGGAAACAAAAUAUACAAGAAAGACGAAAAUGCCAUCGACGAUUUUAUCGAGUCUAAAACAGGAAGUAACGCAUGGAAGAAAAUAAAGGAUAAAAAAAACAAUCGAAUUAUUGAAUUAACAGACGCCGAUUUGCAGAUCAUAAGAAGCAUUCGAGAAAAUAGAGCAGCAAAAUAUAUUGAUUAUUCUAAUUAUAUAUAUGAGAAUGAUAAAGAAGAAUAUAAAUUACCCUCAAAAUUGUGUAAAAAUUUAAAGAAUAAAGGUUCCGAGGGUGAUAAAAAGAAAGUACUAAAAUUAAUGAAAUAUUUAAUAGAUAAAGAAAAACAUCCAGAAAGAUAUAUACAAAAGGAAAAUGAAGAUAAUAUGUUAUACGAUUUGUGGAAUAAUAAAAUUUAUGAUGAGUUUAAUAAUAUUAAUGAAAUUAAUUUGCCUAAUAUACUACCAGGUCAUAAAUAUAGUUAUAAUCCUCCACCGGAAUUAUUAUAUAAUUCGUCCGAAAAAAGAAAUAUUUUAAAAAAUAACAAAGAUGCAUUUAUACCUCAAAAUUUUGAGAAAAUAAGAAAUAUUGAAUAUUAUAAAAAAACCUAUUUUGAUUUAUAUCAAAGGUGUUUAGAUAUAUAUUUAUGCUCAAGGUCAUUAAAAAAUGUUUUACAUAUAAAUAAAGAAGAUUUAUUACCAAAAUUACCAUCCACAAAAUCGUUAAAACCGUAUCCUCAAUAUCCUUUUAUCAAGUAUAUUACGAAUGAGGGGGAUAUGAAUAGUAAAAAUAGGUAUUGUAAUAAUAAAAAUAAUCAUUUCAAUAGUAUAGACAUAAAUGAACAUGAUCAUAUAGUAUACAUAAUUCAGAGCAAUAAAUUGUAUAUCUUUGACAUAUUAACAUCAUAUAAUGUAGCUACAAUAGAUUUAAUGCACUAUUUUAAAUUUAAAAUGGUAAAGAAAAAAUCGUUGGAAGAUUUAUAUAACAACAUGAUGAUUAAGGUGAAUAAAUCUUAUUCAGUUGUUGCAAUUUCCUGGGGAAAUUUUAUCCUUCUUUUUCAUUAUGAAUCUUAUGUCCCUUCUAUUAGGUCAGGUAGUGAAAAUAUAGAAGAGAUAUAUCGACGCAAUGGAAUAAAAAAGAGUAAGAAUUCCAGUGGUAAUAUUAAUGGUAAAGAAUAUAAAAAUGAACAAAAUGAUGGUAAUGAGAAAGAUAGCCAUACGUCUUUGUCCAAUUUACAGGAUGAGGAGGAGGAAGAAGGAAAUUUUUCUGAGGACAAUGUUAUGGGGGAUGAAACGGACAUAGAACUGGACCAAAUAGAUGAAGGAGACAUAAGCGAUGACUCAAAUGAAAUAGAAAUAAAUAAAAACGAAGAAGUUAACGAUGAACAUGCUAAGAAGAAAUGCGUGCAGUUAAAUAGAAACAUGGUUUACUUCAAAACGAAAGGGCUACUUAGCGUAUUUCAUAAUAAUUUUAAAAAUUCAGAAGAGUAUUCUUAUUCACCGGAUAUUGACGUAAAAUGGAUUCAUAUUAAUUCUAAUGACAAAAAGAUAAAGUAUUGCGUCGGCAUAAAGCAUGAGGGGGAAAUUAAAAAUUUUUCUUGGAAUGGAAAUGGAAAUUAUUUAUCUGUGACGUGCAUGCGAAAUACUGGGCAAUACCAUUAUUGUUAUUUGCACCAUAUAAAAUCAAUGAAAUCGAUGAAGCUCAUAAAAAAAUAUAAACAUAAAAGAGGUGACAUUAUUCAAACGUUGUUCUUUCCGCGUAGCCCCUAUUUCAGCGUUGCGUUUGAAAACAGUAUAAUCAUAUAUAACUUAAAAGCCAAGACCAAAAAAGAAAGAAUUGUAAAAAAACUGAGAGGUGUGCAAAAUAUAACAUACAUGGAUGUGCACACGAACGAAAGUUAUGUAUUAGUUUCAGACGUCAGAGGAAAUGUAUUCGUUUUUGAUUUAGAUUUGUCUUCUAAUCCUUAUAAGAAGUUUCACUUGCAAGAGUGUUCUUUGAAAAAAGUUGAAUUUCAUAAAACGUAUAAUUUGUUUUAUUCGUUGAGUUCAAAUGGUACUGUGAAUUUAUUUUAUUCCAAAUUUUUUCAAGAUUAUAUAACUAACCCAAUUUUAUUACCAAUUAAGGAACUGUCAAAUGAGUCAAAGAUAGCUGACCUUGUAUGGUCAGGUAGAAAACCAUGGUUAUUUGUUCAUACGGAGGGCAAUUUUUCAGCUUUGUACACAUGA